AUGACCAAUCUGCAGGCUCCCAGCUAUUCUUUUAUCCGCAUUAACGACGCGAUCACGCUGGAUAACGCAGAUACCGCCAAUGUGAUCCACGCCCAAUCCAAUUCGCGUAUGCCUUUGCCCAAGAAACGCUCUCCUUCCAAUCGCGUCGAAUCCACAAACGAAACGCCCGGCAGAUCUCCGAAAUCCCCAGCCAAACACGUUCUUUUCAAGCCGGUCUCCUCCUCCACGCAUCGAUCCAACUCGCCUUCGUCGCCUCUUUCAGACAGACCCACCGCGGAGCUUCUUCCGCGGGGAUCCUACACCCAGGUUCCAGACAGCGAUUCCUCGGGGAGUUUCAUCUACCAAGGGUUCUCAUCGAACGUGUCGCUGUCGCACCCGCGGUCCUCGAGUCCGCAGCCCUCCAAACCCGCGCGAACCACGCUCUAUUCGCAGCUAUCCUCGUCCUCGUUGAGCCAGCAGUCGUAUUCGUUCAAUUCGCGCUCGCCGGAAGAUGAUUGGACGCUCUCUCCGCGAACGAAACUCCAAAUUCUCUUCUUACGAAUCGUGUAUUGCCUUCAGCGCAACCCCAUGUAUCUUUAUCUGCACAACGGAGCCGCGCUGCUCGUCGCCGCCUCGCUGGGGAUUUCGUUCUGGCAGUUGCCGCAGGACACGAUGGGCAUUUCUCGCCGCUACUCGCUUCUCAUCACAAUCGUGCUGUAUCUGAUAGUCCAGGGCUUUUCGGGGCGGAUUUGGUUCCAGAAAGAUCGUGAAGUGUUUAUUCGCGAUAUUCGGUGCGGCUAUCAUUCGUCGCUGGAGUAUUUUUUGGUGGUCGUGUUGCUGGAUGGAGUUUUCAUUCGAUUCUUGCCGUCGAUUCUCUUUGUAGAGACGCGUCGAAAUCGUGAAGUGUAG